GCCACCGAGCCUCUCCUCAGGGCUGGAGUGACAGCAAACUCAAAUCGUGGCAGCGGCAGCUCGUAGAGGCACUUCCGGUGGCAACAGAAACUGCCACUGAUUUGUAAAGGCAGUUCCCGCGAUUUGAGGCAGCUGUUUGUGGCUGCCUCCAAACAGUGUGGCAUCAAAGGCAGAUGCCUCCAAACAGUGAGGCAACAACGGCAGGUGCCUUUAAACAGUGUGUCGCCUUGGAAACGCUUUGUUUCUCGGACAGGUAACUGCAGCAAACAAAUCCAGCUCAGCAGCUUCCUCACACUGUAGGUGAGUGAAUGUUUCUCAGGUGUGACCAUGUACGGAGCUCCAGUGGAUUUAUCUCACAAACGGAUCUGCUGUCUGGGAGAUACCUGGAUAGAAGAACCCAGAAGUGGUCUGCGACCUUUAAAGAUAAAUUCAGAGAAGAAGUACAAAAGCCGCUCCCUGCGUCUUAAUAAUAACAACAUCUCUGACCUCUGUGACCUCCAGAUGUCUGUUAGCCACUUCCUGGCUGAGCCAUUACAGCUGGCCUGGCUGGACCUUUCGUUCAACAGAAUCACACACAUAGACCAUGUUUUGUGUGAGCUGCGUGAGCUGCGUGUGCUGUAUCUUCACGGUAACAGCCUUUUUAUCCUGUCGGAGGUCGACAGACUGGGAGCGCUGCCGCAUCUGCUCACCAUCACUCUACAUGGAAAUACCAUAGAAGACAACCCAGUUUACAGGAGUCGGGUGAUUGCUGCUCUGCCUCAGUUAAAGACAAUGGACUUCAGUGCCGUGACGCGGCACGACCGAGUUAUGGCAAAUAUCUGGCAUCAUGGCUUCAGCCGCAGACAUAGCAAGCACCCUCCGGAGUGACUGCUGGCUCAGCUCCCCUGCCGUAACCUGUGCUCCACAUCCACUCUUGAAAAACCUUAAAAUAUUGAAUAUAUUGUGUACAUGUGACUUCGUUUUUUUCUGUUAAAAUGAACAGUUGAUUCAGUAGAUCCUUAAAUGUUGACUCUCACAUGCAUGUAAAUGAUAUUGUUGCAGACAUGGGUGUGGGAAGUAUAAUAUUUGAACAUUAUCUGACUAUAACAAAGAAUACAAUAUAUUACAGUAAGUGACUUCAGUGCUUCACCAACUACUUCCCAGAUAUAGGCAUAUAGAUGUUUAAUAUAUACUGAACCAGAAUGAGAAGCAUAUGGAUGUCAAUGUCUACUGAAUAAGAAUAAGAAGGGUUUAUGUUGAAAGUCUUUAAUGAACUCAAUUAAACCCCCCCAAAAAAAAACAAAUAAACAAAAUUUUAAAACUUUUUGGUACUAGCCUAAGAUAUUACAAACAUAUUUCAGGUAGUAUUACGCAUUUGAGUAACAAACAAAACAGAAAAAAAAAAAAACCCUUGCAACAAAAAAAAAGCUCAAAU